UUUCUAUCCAAUCAUCAUCGUCCAAAAAUGGAGAUUGUAUAAACCCAAUCCCAAAGCAAGUUGCACAUGUCUUUUAUUCAAACCAACUGUCUUAUACCCAAACGAUUGGGGUUCAAAACCUGUUGCUCUCGACAGAAACAUAAGUUGCUAAAAGUGUUGCGUCAAAGCAGUUGUCAUCCCAGUUCUAUAGUAACUUGGCAUUGUAGUGAGCAAGUACCCUCUGGCAAUGUCGCCGUGACCAGACCGCUUACCAUUCCUUUACAAGAUGAUACCCAGUUGACCUUUAUGUUUUCUUAUGCUGAUAUGUUACAGUUGGUUGAAAAGUUGAAUCAGUUGGUGCUUUCCUUUCGCAACGCUGCUGAAGCAACAGCACAACGAAAGAAAACCGUGCAACCGACGUUUGAAUAUUAUUGUCAACGCAAUGGUCUAUUCAUUCACAUGGAAUGCAAUCCAAACCUUUUUACCAGUGCUUUUCAAGCGAAAGUAUAUAUCCGAGUAUAUGAUGACAAAAUAAGGGUACAUUCACAAGCCAAGAAUAAACUGAUGAAUGAUUUCGAUGACAUGUCUUGUACACCUUCACUUGUUCAAUUGGAAACCAACUUGGGUACUUUGGUCGUUGAACUUUAUUGGAAACACGCACCCAAAACUUGUCACAACUUUGCACAGUUAGUACAACGACAGUAUUACGACGAUGUUGCGUUCCAUCGCGUCGUUCACGACUUUAUUGUACAAGGAGGUGACCCUACCGGAACAGGUAGAGGUGGAACAUCCAUUUACGGUGGUGUAUUUGAAGACGAGAUAACCGAUGACUUGCGACACACAGGAGCAGGGAUCUUAUCCAUGGCUAAUGCAGGUCCCAAUACCAACGGGAGUCAAUUCUUUCUUACCUUAGCGCCUACACCCCAUCUGGAUGGAAAACACACUAUUUUUGGUAGAGUCAAGAGGGGAAUACAAGUGUUGAAAAGAAUAGGCAACGUCGAAACCGACGCAUAUGACCGGCCUUUACAAACAGUGAAGAUAAUCAAAGCAUAUCCUGUGUGACUUUCAACUAAUUAUCUUGUUUAUUUCUGCAGUGAGAAACCUUACGAGUUUUAGCCACCCGUGAAUAAAGUUGUUGACGAGCUUCCAAUUUGAGUUUCUGUAACUGACUGGUAGCCUUCUUUUUGAUCAUCCAACUGUCGGCAUUCACUCUCCAUUUGCGCCUCCUCUCUCGACCAUCUUUUGAUAACUGUGCACUGUUUCUAUUGGUCACCAUUUUGGCCACUCUAUGUUGUUUCUUUUCCAAAGUAGCUAUUUCAUAUCGUUGUUGUAACUUUGUUCUUGCUUGAUGCAAACACUGUUUGCGUUUUUCCUCCUCUUCUCGAUACCUUUGACGACUAUUCCAAGAGUUAUCCAUAUGAAAAUCGCGUUUUAAUAACGCCGCCCAUAAAACUUCAAACACUGCUUCCCUCCCUGGAUUAUUGUCUUCCAAUCGUUGCAAAUCUUUUGCUCCACAAAGACAACCCACUUUAUAUAAGAGUUCAUCCGGCACAUCUCCAAGAGCACCCACUUUACCAGUGUUCCGGGCUAU